UUAUUCGAACGGGCCCAGUUUCUUCUUAAGAGGGUGAAGAGGAUUUGUGGGGCUUCAUCUGGUGCUCUCAUGGGUGCAAUAUUAGCAUGCCAAAUGUCUCCAUGAAAUUCCAUUUUGAAGCCAAAUGCUGUGAAAAUUUGCUGGAAAUGUCUCGAGAGGCUCGGAAAGGCACACUGGGUGCUGUGCAUCCCUCCUUCAACCUGCUGAAGAUAGUACGAAACUUCCUAAAUCGAGAUCUGCCCGAUGACGCCCACCUACUUGCCAACGGACGGCUGUUUGUGUCACUCACACGAGCAUCAGAUGGGACAAAUGUGUUAGUGUCUGAGUUUGACAGUAAAGAAGACCUCAUUCAGGCUCUGAUUUGUAGCUGCUUUUAUCCACUGUACUGUGGUGUGAUACCUCCAAGCUAUCAUGGAAUAAGGUAUGUGGAUGGAGCAUUGAGUGAUAACAUGCCUUUCUCUAGUCUAAGAAGCACAAUCACAGUCUCUCCUUUUUCCGGAGAGAGCGACAUCAGUCCUUAUGGCAACCCUUUUUACUUUCAUGACAUAUACUACAAAAAUGUCAGCAUUCACAUCAACUUCAUUAACGCACACCGAGUGGUCAUUGCAUUUUUUCCUCCAGAACCAGAGGUCUUGGCUGAGAUGUGUCAAAAUGGAUAUAAGGAUGCUUUCCUUUUUUUAAAAGAAAAUGAAUUCCUGAAGCCCACAUCACUGCUGUCAGAGUUGACCCUGAUUGAUGAAUUGGAAAAUAUUCCAACAUCUCAGAAAUACAUUAGUGAAAACAAGCCAACAGUGACUGGGAAUUCGAAAAAUAUCCUUCCAGAGUCCAUCAAAAACUUGUUUUGUAAGGCUAGCGUGAGGGAGAAUGAAGAAAUAAGAUGUCCUCUAUCAGUGAAGCUGGUUUCCUGUCUAAUGUGGUGCAUCAUGCUUUUAAG